AUAGUCAGUCAGCCACCUGCUCGCUUCGUUUUGCGUCUUGGUGAUUCUUCUUUCAGUUGUACUCCUUUGAGGUCGUCCACUGUCGUGCGUGCGUGCGAAAAUGCAGUCCGUUCGCUCGCCCCUUUCCGCCUCCAACGAGAACAAGCUGAGCGCGGACGUCGGCAGGAUGUCGCUGGACAAAGAAAACACGCCCCCGAGCCUGAACACGGCGCGCAUCUUGGCGUCGAAAACUGCGCGCAAAAUCUUCGCCGAGACGCCGCUCAAAGACGUGAAGAAGAACAGGAGCAGGGAGGUGGAGCCUCUGCUGAAGGACAACCCGCGCCGCUUUGUCAUCUUUCCCAUCCAAUACCACGACAUCUGGCGCAUGUACAAGAAGGCCGAGGCGUCAUUCUGGACCGCCGAGGAGGUGGAUCUGUCCAAGGACACUCAGCACUGGGAAGUUCUGAAAGAAGACGAGAAGUUUUUCAUCUCUCACGUGUUGGCCUUCUUUGCGGCCAGCGACGGCAUCGUCAACGAAAACCUGGUGGAGCGCUUCACGCAGGAAGUUCAGGUGACGGAGGCGCGCUGCUUCUACGGCUUCCAAAUCGCCAUGGAGAACAUCCACUCGGAGAUGUACAGCCUCCUCAUCGACACCUACAUCAAAGACCCCAAAGAGAGAGAAUACCUGUUCAACGCCAUCGAAACGAUGCCGUGUGUCAAGAAGAAGGCCGACUGGGCGCUCAACUGGAUCGGCAACAAGAACGCCACCUACGGCGAGCGCGUGGUGGCUUUCGCCGCCGUGGAGGGCAUCUUCUUCUCCGGCUCCUUCGCCGCCAUCUUCUGGCUGAAGAAACGCGGCCUGAUGCCCGGACUCACCUUCUCCAACGAGCUCAUCAGCAGAGACGAGGGUCUCCACUGCGACUUUGCCUGUCUGAUGUUCAAGCACCUGGUCAACAAGCCGUCCGCGGACACGGUGACGUCCAUCAUCAGGAACGCCGUGGAGAUCGAGCAGGAGUUCCUGACGCAGGCGCUGCCCGUCAAGCUGAUCGGGAUGAACUGUGAGCUGAUGAAGCGCUACAUCGAGUUUGUGGCCGACCGCCUCAUGAUGGAGCUCGGCUUCUCCAAGCUGUUCGGCGUGGAGAACCCGUUCGACUUCAUGGAGAACAUCUCGCUGGAGGGCAAGACCAACUUCUUCGAGAAGCGCGUCGGCGAGUACCAGAGGAUGGGCGUCAUGGCCACCAACACCGACAACACCUUCACGCUGGACGCAGACUUCUGAGCCCCAACGCUCCCCAGCGGCGGCGCAGAAACCCCGUGCAGUUUUUCCAUCUUCUGCCAAUCAGGCCGGAGAUAAAUUGUCUGUACAGUUGAUGUCAAUUAGUUUUUAUGAAUUUUUAUGCAGAUUUUAGUGCUUGUACAUUGUGUAUUAAACAUCCUAUUUUUACACGUUU